AUGGCGGUAUUUCCAUUCAACCUAAAAUUCUCCGCAGUUAUUCUCAUGGUAGCAUCGCUUCUAGUUGGACUCGCCUUCUGCCUCGGACACGACGCGUUUUAUCAAAACUUGAACCGAACGCCUGUGCUAGAUGGACACCCACACGGCUUUUUGAAUUCCUCGUUAAACCUGUCAGACCAGCAAGUCUAUGUGGCCCUAGGGACAUUUUUUGCGUUCCUAGUGAAGAGCUCUUUGAGCUUUUCAGUUUCAACAGUCUUUGACCAGUCGGCCUGGAGGACUAUUAGAGGCCGCAGGAAUGGAGUUGGCGCUAUUGAUGAUCUUCUCUCCACUCUCAAAAAUGCCUUGACUUUAUUCAAUAUACAUUUGUGGAAAAGGUACCCGAUGGAAAUGGCUCUUGCUGUCAUAUGUUGGCUUUUACCUGUCGCGUCGAUCAUAUCGCCUGCCACAUUGAGCGUAAAGUUAGCCUCGUUCGAUCAGCAGACGCUGAUGAAAGUGCCCCGCGUUGACUUUACCAGCACAAACUUCGCUGAUCUCACUUCGGUCUUUGCGCAAGAUUCGGGGUGGAUGAGCAUUUAUCGGAGCCCCACGGCGGAAACCCGAAGAAUCAUGAAAAGCGUGGCGGCACAGGGCUCAAUCUUGCCAAUUGAUCCCCCAGCUGUGAAUUCGUCAUGGUCAUUGAGCUUCCAUGGCCCUGGUCUCCUCUGUGACGAUGUGGAUGACGCGAUUGGUGCUUAUAUCACAGAAAAUGUUGCACAAGUAAUGAAGAAAUCCGUGAAACCCAAAUCUAGCAGCAACAUGAGUGAUUUGACUAGAUAUGGAUAUCUUUCUUGGGCACCCGACUCAGAGAGCUUGAAUGGUUCAACUCCCUUCUAUCAGAUCAAUGGCAGUGACACAUACAAGUCGCGCCUUUUCCGGGUUCUUGGCCCCGAAAUGAGUGAUAAAGGGAAGCCAGAGGAUACUGUUGUUGAACCGAAGCAUCCUCUCGUUCAAAGAGCGCCUUUAUCCUUAUUCGUGGCUACCUUCCCAGGUGUGCUGGGCUAUAGUGAAUAUGACACAGCUCUGGAAAAUAUGGACAAAGCCGUGCAAAACUCAACGAUUAUUCGUUGUUCGCUCCACAAUAGCUCAUACCAGGCUGUGCUCACCUACAUCAAUGGAAGACAGACAAUUCAUGUGAAAGACACAGAGGUCAUCAACUCCGUCAGUCUCUUUAGUGGUACUGCCAGCUUCAACGACAGCUCUGGGGCUUCCUCAAACACGUCAUUUAUGCAAAACCCUCAAAUUAUUGAAAGUCUGUCCUACCAGUCUCUAAUGGAGGCUUUCAGCAGCAUCCUGGUGGGAGGGAUCAGGAACUAUCUCAAGGUUAUGACAGAUGGAACGAAUGAGACCCAAAGUGUGGCAUACUGGGAGAAACCACAAACUGGUAUCAUAUCAACAAAAUUGAUGGAAACGAAGGAGAUGCGAUCGAUUCAGUUCACCACAGGCUCUAAUACGGACACUCCCUAUACCGAGUACUGGAAUGCGAGAUCCGUCAGCCCUUCCCACUUGUCGUCCGUCCCACUAUCGGAAGCCCUCGAGGAGCUCUUUCAAAAUACCACUCUUUCCUUGAUGAGUUCCAAGGCAUUCCAGCCUAACUACACAGUGAACGAUAUACCAGAGACGAACGUUACUAUAACUUCUGACCAAAACAUUUACGUUUAUACACGGUCAAUUCUCUGGGCUGCCUAUGGUGCUGCAAUUGGGGCCACUGCACGAAGCAUUGCUGCAGGAGUCUUCUUCUAUUUCAAGAACGAUGGAUCAUACAGCACGAAAUUCUCAACUAUAUUCAGGGUCACUCAGGGGGCCAUCGUGUCUACAGAUCUUAGCCCAAAGGAUCAUUGUGGUCUCGAUCCUCUCCCAGAUCAUAUUGCGAACGCGAAGAUGACAACUGGAUUUCACCAAGACGAUCAUGUUGAGUCUGUUGAUGGCUCGCCUGCGGCUCAUUUACGUCAUGUCCGUCAUGAAUCACCGGCUGAAGGAUGA